UCGCGCAACUGCUACUACCUACAAGUUUUGACAACCAUCCCAAACGGAUAUGCAAUAUAUCCACCAUUACACCCGUUAAUCACCGUGCUUGAACCUUCCCUAGCAUGUGCAACAAUUCUUUUUACGAUUCUGUUUUGUCACAGUUACACCAAAGGAGGGAGAACUAGAAUAAGGGGUCAUUGCACACUUUCCCCUCUCUCUCACCUCCAUUUCGCCCUCACCCCUGGAAAGAGGAAAGCCGAGUUGCACUGCGUUUCUAUUUGGAGCACUCGCUCGGGCGAUACAAACAAGCUCCCCCUCUCUCCUCCCCUCUCGUGUACACUCGCAACCGACCGUUGGGCUAGUUAUGCGGUGUCCCCCUCCCGCCCCCCCCCCCGUCCUUGCCCACCCGAGGGAAAAAGCAUGUUGAAGGAUUACGCUGUACCUCGUUUCUCUGGCUCUGGGAUCUAUGCAUGCUACGCAAGUAGGCAACGUUGAACUACAAUCACUAAGUUCUUGUGAGGGGGAAAAAGAAGCUGCCAAGGUUCCUUUUUUGGGGGGCGUGAUUGUUUUUUUUUUUUUUUGGUUUUCAAUUAGUCGUUUGCAUUUCCACUGUUUAGAUCUAAGUAGCUAG